CACAUCAGGAAAGCACCAAUUUUGGAGCCAAAAUAAGGCAACAAAACAAUGGAAAAUUAUCACCAUUUUAAGCAAUUACGCCCAAUCACCAUCUCAUCUCCCAUCACCAUUAAUUUAACCCCACAAAAUUCCCACACAAAUUCUUGAAUCUUCAAAAUUGUAUAUACAAAAACUUGUAUAUUUGCGCUUCUAACGAAUUCCAAUCCGAAAAUGGCAACUUCAUCAUUCAAAUCUUCCUCCAGAAAACCCAGCACUUCAUCUUCAACCUCUACAACUUCAACAAAUAAGCAGCCAUUGCAGCCGCAAUCAAGAAAGCCACAUAAUACGACCCAGAAAUCUCUUCCUCGAAGAUCGAGAAGUGUGAGCGCAUAUUCGAGGUCUCAGUUGGAUACAACCUCGGAAUUCCAGAACAAAAGGGACAAUCCUCUCUUUUCGAUUGAUGGGUCACCUAAUUCCGAUGAAGAUUUUGACGAGGUUAAGUUGUCGGAUUUUGGGAUCCCCAAAAUGGUUGGGGUUGAUAAUUUAAAGGGUGGUUUUGAUGGUGGUGGGUGGGAGAGUACAAGGGGACGGUCUGCUUCCCGGAAUUCUGACGGUGAGACAAAGUUUUCUGGUAGUGGUCGUGGUGGAGGGCGGAAAAUUUUGGGGCGGAGCUUGUCAAUAGUUGAUACAGGACGCCGGGGUCGGUCGCCGGCUGGAUGGCACUAUGGGAAUUCUGAGAGUGAACAGGAGCAGGCAAGUGAAGCAUUAAAUUCUAGAAGCAAAAGUAAGAUCAGUUCAAAUGCAAAUCGUGCUUUGCUUGACAAAAAGAAAUAUCUGCUUAGAAGUGCCUCCGAUAUAUCUGAAAUGCUGAAAGGCCGGAAUACAUGGUCAAGUCAGCAUCCUACCACAGAAACUUCAGACGUUUCUAUCAUUAAUCUGUCUGGUUCACGAAUACCACAUUGGGAUGAUGGAAUAUCAACAAGUUCCAUCUCAGAAGCUGAAGAGAAGACUAUCAAACCAGUUUCAGUGGAGAAGAUAACUCCAUUAAUUGACAACAAUGGCACAACUGGUAGAAUUCUAGAAACUGUUCGUACAGAAGUUAGACGGGCUUUCUCGGACAUGCAAAAUGACUUAAAACAUGUCAGGCUAAGGAGUAAUUCUGAUGGUAAUCAUACUAUUCAUAGCAGCAUUAUCUCAAAUGACACUCCUGAACUGGAAAAUCCUGAUGUAGUUGAACUAGUAGAAGAGUUCAGAGAGGAAUUUGCAAGGGAGCUGGAAGAGUGUGAAGAACGCACCAGGAAACUUCGAGCGGAAUUAGCUGUUGAAGAGCAUCGCGAGAUUGAAUUAAGUAAGAUUCUCAACGAUACUGUUCCAGAGCCAAAGACUCCUGUCGUGCUAAAAACUCGUGCAGUAAGAAAGGCUAGUUUUGAAAGGAAGAAAAUGUCUAGGCACCUUGAAGAAGAAGCAUUGGCUUUUUUUGAUGAAUGUGUAUCAAUAUCAACAUUUGACGAGUCUGACUUUUCAUCUCUAGAGGAUCUACCGGUCAGCAUUGUUGAUGGACCAAGCGGAGAAAGAGUAGGUUUAACAGGAGUUCCAAGCAGGUUUAGUGAUAUCUUCUCUUUUGAGACCGAGAGAACUCCAUGUAUGCAAUCUAACGAGGGUUCACCACAAAAAAGAAGUGUAGUGAAAAAACCUGGUUCGAUUUCACUCGAGGAAGACAUAAGAAACUACGUCAAAAGUGUCUCCAAGGACAGUGAAGAAGAAACCAGGGAUUGUGAUAUCGUUAAAACAAGUCAUAGAAACAUGGAAGACUACAAUCGUGAAGUAGCCGAGAAACUAUUGCUAGACCGGUUAGCUUUUAGGAGCAGAAUAGAGUCAGGAGGAAUGUUAUUAUGCGGUGGGGGUUCAAUGGCUCCCUUCUCUUCUGGUUUAUGGUAAAUGUAUGUAUAGUGAUUAGUGGAAGUGGACUACUCCUGAAAAUCGUGUAUACAUACAUACAUGCUAAAUCCUUUGGCAAUUAAAUGUAUAAGUUACUUAUUCUUUUGUUUGUGUGAA